AUGUUCUUGUUGAUAAAGGGCUUCCCCCUUGAACCGAGUAUUUUUCGUGGUCACUUUGAAGUAUUCACAGAUAUGAUGCUGAACGCACCAUCGGAUCGUCCGAAGAAAAACCCAUUGGACGCGACCAAGAAGAGCGCAAAGUGCACGGCAACCUCGUCCCAGGAUAAUAAUCGUAUCAAAAUGGCGUGUCAGGUGCAAAGUCAAUCUUGGCCACAGCGUUGA